GUUCUAAUUUUUCAUUGAUAAUAAACACAGUUUAUUAGUGUAGACACAUAAUUUAGAUUUAGUAUUUGAAAACAAUGCCGUUUAAUAUAUAUUUAAUACUGAUAUUAUUCGAAUGCGUUGGCGGUCAGCAACAUGUAUGGACAGAUCAACACGUGCUAUCCGCGCUCGGAAACCAUGGCGACAGAAUCACUGACCUCGAGAAACUUGUGCAGACGCUUGUAUCCAGUCAAAAAAACCUCCAACAAGAGGUUGUGGAACUGAAAGCAAGUAAUGCUGAACUUUUACUUCGUAUAAAGAACAUAACUGACAACUGCCUAAAUUUUAUGAAAUGUUCACACACCGACCACACAACACCAACGAUCACAACCUAUAAUGCAUCCUUGCAAUCUAGUACAACAACAACAAGUCCAUCAUACAUAGUACAUGUCACGGGAAACUCUCAUAUGACUCUAACAACAACGGUAACUGCUAAAACAACAGUGGCAGGUGCUAGUAAUACUACAACAACAACAUUGUCUCCGACAUCCACAUUAUCAACUUCUACAACCACAUUGUCGUCGACUUCCACAUUAUCACCUUCUACAACAAUACAAAAUUCAUUCGAUACCUGCCAUGAAGCUAUCUCCAAUACAAGAAAACAGAAUGGAACCUUUAACAUCAGAAUUGGGCCAGCAGGGACCGUUGCAUCGGUCUUCUGUGAGCUGGUGAAUGGAGACUCGUGGUUGGUUAUACAACGGCGUCAGGACGGGGCUGUGAACUUUAACAGAAAUUGGCAGGAAUAUAAGGAUGGUUUUGGUGACUUAAAUGGUGAUUUCUGGCUAGGAAACGAGAUAAUUCACCAAAUAACUUCCAGUAUGGUGUACACAUUACGUAUCGACAUGGGCGACUGGGGUGGCAACUACAAGUACGCAGAGUAUGAACACUUUGAUGUUGGCAGUGAGGGAUCACUUUAUAAACUUAGUGUAGGAUCAUACAAAGGAACGGCGGGAGAUUCAUUUCACUACCACGAUUCCCAAAUGUUGAGACACAACUCAAUGCCUUUCUCCACACCUGACCGUGACCAUGAUCAUUCCUUCAUGAACUGUGCGGAGAAGCUGAAAUCCGGGUGGUGGUUUAAUUCUUGUUACAGCUCUAACCUGAACGGGAAAUUCCUUCCAUAUCCAUACGGCUCACGAAUGCUAGGUGAAUCAUUUGGUGACCCGACUCUCGAGGGGACUGGAAUAGAAUGGUACCCUUACAGACAUAGACAGUAUUCCAUGAAGAAAGUAGAAAUGAAGAUCAAACUGGCGAACAGCGGGAUGCGGCCGAUUGGGCGAAAAUAAGAUGCAGCUAAAUGGAUUGAAACUGACAAAAUAACUGACGUUCUAAUUAAAAGAUAUACUCAUA